AUGAUCCAGCUCAUAAUCACCCCCUCAAAUGCGCUUGUGGAUGACCCCGUGUCCAUCCGAGCAACUGGUCUGCCUCCAUUGCAGAUAGUGACCAUCAAAGCAACACUGAAGGAUGAGAAGGAGAAUCUAUUCCAAUCCAGAGCCUUCUACAAGGCCAAUGAGGCUGGCGAGGUGGACCUGGAGCGGGCAGCGGCCUUGGGGGGUGACUAUGUAGGAAUUCAUCCAAUGGGCCUCUUUUGGUCUCUGAAGCCCAAGCGGCCUUUCCAGCGACUGAUGAAGAAAGAGGUGAUGAACAGCCCAUUUUGUAUCACUCUGGACCUCUAUGACUCUGUUUGCUUGCAAGAUUCAGCCACAAUUAGACCCAAGGCCAGUCAGAUAGUGCAGCGCUGGUUUGUAGGUCCUGGGGUUCAGCGGAAGCAGAUCCAAGAAGGUCGCAUACGCGGAGCCCUUUUUCUCCCUCCAGGAGAAGGUCCUUUCCCAGGAAUUAUUGACUUGUUCGGGAUUAUUGGAGGUCUAAUUGAAUUCCGUGCCAGUCUUUUGGCUUCCCAUGGCUUUGCAGUGCUGGCUUUAGCAUACUUUGCCUAUGAAGGCCUGCCCGACAAACUGCUGGAGACCGACUUGGAGUAUUUUGAAGAAGCUGCUGAUUUCCUACUUGCUCAUCCCAAGAUCCAACAACCAGGAAUUGGUGUGAUCUCCGUGUGCAAAGGUGCAGAGAUUGGGCUGGCCAUGGCCUGCUAUCUGAAACAGGUGGUUGCCACUGUCUGUAUCAAUGGGCCCAAUGCCAUCUUAGGCUUUCCACUAAGGUAUCGGGAUCUUGUUGUGCCACCCAGCCAAUGGGUUCUGGAGCACAUCCAAAUUCAUGCUUCAGGGGCUAUACCAUUCCGUCCCGUUAUAGGUGAUCCCAUAAAUAGGUUGAACCCACAGAGUAUACUUCCUGUGGAAAAAGCCCGAGGGUGGAUCCUCUUCAUUGUAGGAGAGAAUGAUGAAUGCUUGGAUAGCAAGGCAUAUGCACAAGGGGCUAUGGACCAGCUCCAGAGCCAUGGGAGAAGCAAUGGAAGAAUGCUGGCAUACCCUGGGGCAGGUCACCUCAUAGAGCCACCCUAUUCUCCCUGUUGCUUUGCAUCCUGGACCUUUGACUCAGCUAACCCAUUGUUUUGGGGAGGAGAUUCCACUGCUCAUGCAGCAGCCCAGGAACACUCAUGGAGAGAGAUCCAGAAGUUCUUCAGGCAACACCUUUCUACAUUUGGAAGCAAACUCUAA